CUCUUUCGGUCUUUCGGACGUCCAUAACCCUCAUCGACUUUCAAAAUGUCGAAGAAAGAAAACCCCGUUCACUCACUUAUUGCUGGAGCUACAGCAGGGGCUAUAGAGGCUCUUGCGACAUACCCCGCCGAGUUUGCCAAAACACGGUCGCAAUUUGGUGGCAAGAGAGAACCACCACUAGAUGUCAUUAGAAAUACGCUCAAGACGCACGGUGUACGCGGUCUGUAUUCAGGAUGUACCGCGUUGAUGUACGGUAAUGCACUGAAAGCGGCAGUCCGAUUCGUAUCAUACGACCACUUCAAACAUCUUUUGGCUGACAAGGAGGGUAAAGUGAGCCCGGCGAGAAGUCUAGUUGCAGGUCUAGGUGCGGGUGUGAUGGAAGCUCUAUUCGCAGUCACGCCUUCAGAAACAAUCAAAACAAAAUUAAUCGAUGAUGCUAAGAGUCCGAAUCCCAAGUACCGAGGUCUUCUACACGGCACAGUAUCUAUUGUCAAGGAAGAGGGUAUACGAGGAGUUUACAGAGGAUUAUUCCCUGUGAUGAUGCGUCAAGGAGCUAACUCGGCUGUCCGCUUUACCACAUACACGACCCUCAAACAAUUUGUGCAAUCAACAGCACGACCAGGACAACAACUACCGACAAGCAUCACCUUCGGGAUUGGUGCGAUCGCGGGUUUGGUUACUGUGUAUACCACUAUGCCCCUGGAUGUGAUCAAAACUCGAAUGCAGUCCUUGUCAGCCCAAUCGCAAUAUCGGAACUCCUUCCAUUGUGCGUACCGAAUCUUCACCGAAGAGGGUUUGUUGAGGUUCUGGGCGGGAACAACGCCACGGUUGGUUCGACUGAUGCUGAGUGGAGGAAUCGUGUUUACUAUCUAUGAGAAGAUCAUGCUUGCACUGAAGGUGGUGUAAUUGACGUCUGGUUGGAGAAUGAAGUUCCAAUGGUCAACUCCUCAAAUCAUUUUUGAUCGAUUCGAUUCGUUGCCAGUGUGAUGGUCACGGCGUACGACCUAACAACAUUGUGCCGAAACUACUUUCGCAGUUGCGACGAGCUAUUAGACAAACUGCGACAUUGCCCAGAUAACGUAUACCGUCCCUAAGAGACCUUUGAUUCUCACUCGGAAUGGGCAAUCCCGCAAUUCAUAUAUCGACUUCGUGAAUGAGGCAUAGAAAAUUUGAAUCCGACUGUCUCUUACUCCUUUGUGGAUGCAAUCCUGAUGUCCAUCUCGACGUCAUCCAACCAACUGUCCAAACAUU